CAUUAAACGAAGCGCUGAUCGAUUAUGCUGCAUCAUUGCGUGAUUUUUCUGAAUAUGCUGCACAUCAAACAGUUUGUAUAACACAAACAGAAAAUGAAGUGUCUGAAACCGAUGAUGAUAUUAUCAUUAAAAAUGCUUUAUCCGUAUACGCAACUAUAAUUAGAAAUGUUGAAGAAGCUAGACGUACAAUGAUUGUAAGUUAUCUGGGUUUUUUU